AUGCGGCGGGCGCGGGCGCGGGCGCUGCGCCGGCGCGGAGCUCUGCUGGCUUGCCUCUCCCUGGGGACGCUGCUGGCCCUCGCCGAUGCCAAGGGCGCCUUCUACCCGCCCGCCGCCCCCCUGCCCUACGGCGGCAGGUACAGCCUCUACACGGCCGGCUCCAGCCCGCAGCUCGGCCCCGGCAAGCCCGUGGGCAAGCACAAGAGCUACUGUGCCUACGUGGUUCAGCGCAACGUGACGUGCACACUGCAGGAUGGGGCUGAGAGCUAUGUCAAGGCUGAGUACCACAAGUGCAGCUGGGGACCCAAGUGCCCAGGGAAAGUGCUGUACCGCACCUUCUUCAGGCCCAGGUACAAGAUUGGGUACAAGACAGUGACGGAGCUGGCCUGGAGGUGCUGCCCAGGCCUCAUGGGAGAAGGGUGCCAUGACAGCCCGACCGACCAGCCUGGCCUUCUGCCCCAACAUCCCAGCCCUAAAAUGCCUCCUGGGCAAAAGAUGUUUCCAAUCCCCAGACUGCCUCCCUUUCCAAAAAGCCACCCUGACCUGUUUCCAGGACCAAAGAAGAAUCAGUAUGGGAGGAAGCUGCCUGGCCUCUUCGGGGACCGCCUGGAUCGGCUGGAGGAGGAGGUGAGGCGCCUGUCCCAGUCCUACGACAGCCUGCACACGCUGGUGAGCGGCCUGGGCGAGCGCCUGCGCCUCGCCAUGCAGGAGGACACCAGCAAGAUGAUGGGCUCCCUGCUGCACAGCCCGGGCACGCCCGAUGCCGCCGUGGGCUUCGGUAUUGUUCCCGACGGGCUGGUGGACGUGGCGGACAAAGCUGACAUGGCCACGUACCCUCCCGUGGGGGAGAUCCUGACCAAGGUGACAGAGGUGAGCGACGUGCUGAAGAGCAAAGCGGAUCUGCUGCACGAGGUGCAGGGCAUGGUGCUGGACCACGACGGGCAGAUCAAGCAUCUGCUGGAGUCCGCCCGGCCCUCGCCCCUCACCUCCAUCGACAUGCUGGAGGAGUACGUGGACACCAGGCUGAGCAACCUGCGUGGAGAGCUGCUCGACGGCUUCGAGAAGAAGCUGGGGAAGAUCCAGACCACGUGCGAUUUCCGGAUCCAAGAGGUGCGGCAGCAGUGCGAGGAGGAGAAAGCCGCCAACCUGCGGCUGCAGCAGACGCUGGACGGGAAGGAGCUGGAGAUCAAGAAAGAGAUCUCCCAGCUGGAGACCCAGAUCCAAGGGCUGACGGUGGUGGAAGGCUGCUGCAGCAACCUGGACUACCUCACCGAUCGCAUGAACAUCCUUGAGAAAGGCCUUCACAGCAUCUCUGAGUCCCAGAAGAACUUGCACUCACGGCUGGACGGAGAAAUCUCCACUGUCACCUUAGGAAACCUCUUUGAAGGGCGUUUUGAGGACCUGGAAGCCAGACUCAAUGCUACAGAGAGAGAAACAGGCAGCUGCUGCUCCACUAUAGAGGACAGCAUGAGAGGCACAAUGGUAGCAGAGGUAGAUGGCAUGAGGACUGCCUUUGAAGAUAAAAUGCAGACCCUGGAGGACAGGUUCAUGACCAUCAUGGGGGAGCUGAACAACGUCAGCUCUCCAGUGGGCAUGGACGGGGCGGUGGUGCCCGUGCUGGAAGGGGAGCUCGCCAGUAUGAGGAAACGGACAGACGAGGCACUGGAGGUGUUGCAGAAUCGCCUCACCACGCUGGAAAGCACUUGUUCCCUGGGCUGCACCUCCGCCUCCAAAGACGUGGAGACCUUCCGGACAGAGAUCGAAGACUGCCAGAACAAGAACCAGGACCUGCUGCUCCGGAUGGACAGCAACUACGACCUGCUGCGCAAGCUGAACGCCACCAUCCUGGAGAUCCAGCGGCGAAUCGAGGAGGAAGCGUCGGGAGCUCUGCAGGGGGAGAUCACCUUGCUAAAGAUCAACCUGAACACCGUGAGCAAGUCUCUGACGGGGCUCAAGGACUCGGUCUCCCAGUACUCGGACACCGUGACACACGUCAACUCCUCGCUGGAUGAACACGAGCGGAAGAUCGAGGACGAGGUCCACUCCAUCCAGGAGAAAGUCAACGGCCAAGGCUCCCAGCUCUUCUUCAGCAACCGGCGUGUCCUGAACCUCAAGGGAGACUUGGAGCGACUCAAGGCCAGGAUCAUCAGCGACCUGAGCUCCUGCAAGAGCCUGGCCCAGGACCUGCAGCAGGAGAUGGCUCAGUUCGAUGAGCGGGUGGCGCGGGCCGAGCGCAUGUGCAGCAGGCUGGGGGCCGUCACGGGGAGCCUGGACGGCAUCAGGGACGAACUGGAGAAACACACGGGCAGUCUGUGGGACUACAUGGACCACAUGAACGGGACCCUGGCUGCCCACUCUCAGGAAAUAACGGGACUGAAGGACAACCUGCUUGACUGCCAGGCCAAGGUGUCUGAGCUGGCAGAGCAGGUCGCUCAUUUGGAAGAGCAGGCGGAGGGGAAGCAGCAUUAG